AUGUUCGUUAAGGAUCUUUUAGACCUCGAAAUCUCUGUUGGGUAUAGCUUUACUUUGAGAUUCGAUGAGUGCGAUGAGAAACUGGCAAUCGGAUUGUCUACGGAGCUGAUUCGCAAUGAAAACGUUGACGUUAUUAUUGGGCCUAGCUGCGCUGCUGCUGCUCAUGUAGCAGCAGUGAAUGCUGUCUUUUACAAUCUUCCGAUAUUUACCUGGGGAUUGAGCACUUCGUAUUCUCUGAGUGACAUCUCGCGGUAUCCUACUGUUGGUGUGCUUUCGGAUGCGUUCUCUGAAACGAAUGACGUUAUCAUCACUAUAACUGUCGAAAUAAGGAAAAUGAAAUUCGAAGACAUAGCUCGAGUGUUAGGAGACGUUAGCUUGCGAGCGAGGGUUGUUGUGGUUUGCCUACCGGAGGGUUACGGCUUUAAGAGGACGUUUAUCUUGGCGGCAAAGGAUGCCGGAUUUCUUAAUGAGGAAUACCUUUACAUCUUCGCCGACACAAAGUCGAAAGGAUUCUAUAUUCCUCUACUAGGUGGCAAAGAAAGAUUAAUAUGGAAAGAUGUAGAAACUCCAAGUGAUGGUAGAGAUGCGGAGGCAAUGAUGGCUUUCGGACGAACACUGGUCAUAUCAGAUCACAUGGGAACAGGGGGAAGUGAGGACGGUUACGAUGCUUUCAGCAAGGAAGUGAUUUCAAGAAUGAAAGACUCGCCAUUCAACUGUGUGGAUGAUUGCAACAAAACCGAAUAUUCCUACGCUGCUGCUUAUGCCGGUGAACUUUUCGACUCUCUGUAUGUCUAUGCUCGUGCGCUAAACGCAACACUUAAGCAAAACGCUACCGCUCUCCGUAAUGGAACGACAAUCAUCGAAAACGUCGAAAUGACAUUUGACGGUAUGUCUGGCGUUGUCAAAGUGGGCAAGAAUGGAGUUCGAUUUCCUAAUUUCUAUGUCGAUGGUCUGGAUAAAAAUGGAAAACAAAUUCUUCUUGGCACCGUUUCCGUUGAAGGCGAUAGAGGUCUUUAUGAGCCAAUGUACGCGAGUGAGACGGGCAUUUGGUGGGCACGAGGUGGCCUUAGACCACGUGAUGAGCCGUUAUGUGGAUUCUCAGGCGACAAGGUACCGUAG